AAGGGACGCGGCCUCGAGCCACGCGAGUCCCGGGGAGAGGGAGACACACGCACCAGCAUCUCCCCCACCGCUGAUACGACCAUGUCACGAUCGGGCGUGUCAAAGUCGCGAUCAGACAAGAGCCGGACCACCGCCCUCCCAGCGACCACGCCUCCGGUCACCGUGAUCGACAUUGUCCCCGGGCGCUUCACCGAGAGCGAGUGGCAAAGCCUGGCCAUGAGCGAGGAGGGCGACAGCAACGUCAUGGACAUCAUUGAUGACCUGGUCGGCCUGGCUCUGGAGCAGGUCUACAGCGUUUACAUUGAGGAGCAGCUGAUGCCGUUCACCAUUGCCCAGGCCAAGGAAGCCAUCCUCCAGAUCAUCGAGUGGCGAUUCCUGAACCACGACAGCGGCGAGAGUAACGUGGCCCUGGACCACUCGUGGCACGAGGACACAGAACCCAUGGCCACUGGCACCGACAGCUGGGCACAGGGAUCUGUGCCCCUCAUGCCAGCCACAGACACACAGGAUUCCCGUCGGGAGUCGAGAGAAGGGUCUCGGAUGGAGGAGGGCCAGUCUGGCAUCCGAAGAGUGGCCUCCCCACCUGGUCAGGGGGCAGAGUGCCGGGCCCAGCCACUAGCCCUGCGCUCCCAGGACAGCAGCCUGUGUCGGUGGCUGAUGGGCCUUGACCAGGAAGAGGAGCAGGAGGAAACGGAGAUCGUGGAAAGUAUGAUGACAAUUAUCCCAGCUCCACAGGACCUUCCCCAGCCUGACCCCGAGGAAUCUGAGGUCCCUGCAGAAGCCUCCACCGCGGGGAGGGGGCGCAACAGACCGCAGGGCAGGUGUUGCCAUCGAAGGUCCGACAAGCAGCAGCAGGUGCCCAGAUCCAUGAACAGGUUGGAGUUGGAGGGGCACCAGCAGGUAGCGAAGGUGCCCAGGUCCGUGGGCAGGGUGGAGCUGGAGGUGUCCAGAGACACGACACCCUCUCCCUGUGCCACCUUCUGGAUGCCGCGUUGUGUGCAGAUGAUGCUGAAGAGCCAGCGCACCCGUCUGCCCUCCAGCAACGCCGUCACCUUUGACCAGUUUGGAAACAUCUCCUCGGUGCAGCGCCUGGAGGCCGCCCGUUUCCGCUGGCACCGCCCCGCGCCCGUCUUCCAGCUGCUGGAGGAGGCGACAGGCUGCGGCAGAUGCCGUCGGCGCGGCGACCCGCCCCUCAGGCGCUUGGUAUUCCGGAGCCCACCCCUGCCGCUCCGGCCCGGCACCGGGAGGGGGAUGGGAAUGCCGGGGAGAGCCGCCGGCAAACCGCCCAGUGGCACCGUGGGUCAGAGGCCGAUGCUGCCCCACGCCCAACACACUCCCGACUUCCCAGAGUUUAUUCCCGACGGGCCGAAGGACAGGAAUCAUCCCCACUGCGGCCGGCACCCUCAAUGGGAGGCGUCAUCACUGGAUCAACUUCAGCCCAUCAGCAGCAGCCUAGUGCUCCCUCCCAUUGCCCUGGAUCAGCUGGCUGUAGACCUUUCAUUGUAGGCCCAGAUACACUUGUGUGUAGCAAUGGGCCCACUACUCCCCUCCACUCAUCUCCUCCCCACUCCUCUCCGCCCCACUCCUCCCCUCCCAUCAUCCCCUCUCCGCCCCACUACUGUCAUCUCCUCCCCACUACUCCCCUCUCCACCCAUAAUCUCUCCUCCUCUCCCUCCCUUCCACCUCAACCCACUCCCCCUCUUCCAUUCUCCCCUCCUCUCCUGCCCCCUCCCAUCCUUUCCCCUCCCCGUCACCAAAUGUGCACAACACAUUAACAAAUAACACCCCAACCCUUCCUACAAAGGCAGCAGGACAACCCUGUAAAGGAUUUGCUUACACUUAACAUCAGGACAAGAGAGUUUAAUUGUAGAAUGUGUGUGUAAUGGGACAAUAAAAUAGGUAUUGCUGCAGCUUUGCAGCCCCUUA